AUGACCGAAGUGAAAAGAGGUCAAUGGAACAGCGAAGUGCAAUUCAUGUUAACGUGCAUUGGCUAUGCUGUUGGUCUCGGUAAUAUCUGGCGGUUUCCAUAUCUUGCUUACGAAAAUGGUGGAGGUGCCUUUUUAAUACCGUAUGUAUUCUGCUCACUUUCUGUUGGUCUUCCAUUGCUUUAUAUGGAAAUGUGCAUAGGACAGUUCACAAGAUCCGGACCAGCUGUUAUUUAUGGACGUCUCAUUCCGGCAUUACAAGGAUUGGGUGUAGCGAUGACAUGCAUAUCAAUGUUGAUAGCUAUCUAUUACAACGUUAUAAUUGCAUGGGUGAUGAUCUAUCUGUACACCAUUAUCACUGGACAAAGUGGCACUUGGACAACAUGCACAAAUUACUGGAAUACACCAGGCUGUGUUACACAUGCUGACGAGGAUGCGUGUCAAGCGAUAUGGCCGGGAAGCACAUAUUUCAACGGCACUUGUCAUGCGUUUAAUGAUAGCAGUUCGGGCGAUCGAGAGCGUUUCAUUCAGGAACAUGCACUGAUGAGUCCGAUUGAGGAAUUUUACGAUCGCUACGUUUUGGAACGGAAUGAUGAUAUGUACGACUUAGGUGGAAUGAACUGGAAAAUGGUUGUAUCAUUAGCUCUUGUCUGGAUUAUAACAGCGCUAUGCUUAUCGAAAGGUGUCAAGUACAUUGGACGUAUUUCGUUUUUCACGGCAACAUGCCCGUAUAUAAUCAUUGCGAUUUUGUUCGUUCGUGGAGUAACGUUGGAUGGUGCGAAACAAGGAAUUGAUUACUAUUUAUUGAAUCCUGAUUUCAGUUACUUGGGACGGAUAAGUACGUGGAAGGCAGCCGCAACACAAGUCUGCUACAGUUUAGCAGUUGGUAUGGGUGGUAUCAUAUCGCUUUCGAGCUAUAACUCAUUCAACCAUAACUGCUUCCGUGAUUCGAUUAUCUUGUGCUUAUCCGAUUCAUUCAUGAGUAUUUUCGGAGGAACGGCCGUUUUUAGUGUUCUCGGAUUCAUGGCAAAACGUAUGAAUGUACCAGUCAAUCAAGUCCUUCAGAGUGGUAACUUCUUACGUUCUCAAAUUGCGCAGCUGAAUAUCGCUGAUAGGACUGGACUCGCCUUUGUGGCAUAUCCCGAAGCAUUUAACAAAAUGCCGCUCUCAUGGUUUUGGUCAACACUCUUCUUCGUCAUGUUGGCAAUCCUAGGCCUCAGCACUCAAUUUGGUGUUACUGAGGUUUGA